AUGUCACCGCACUGUGCCGCACUUGACCGCAGAUACCUCUUUGAGGGCAAUCUGACAGGGCCCAUCCCCGAGUCAAUAGGAGCGCUCACCAACCUGCACGAUCUGCAGGUGUGCAGUGACAGCCUGAGUGGCACCAUUCCCGUCGCUAUUGGCAACCUCACCGCACUCACCAACCUGUGCAGCCAUUCUCCCGCCACCCCCCUCUCUCCCUUUCUCCCUCCACCCACCCCUCUUCCGUUCCCCCUCGACCCCUCCUCAGUCCAAUUCCCCCUUCACCUCCCCUUUCCAAUUCCCCCUCCACUCGCCUCUCUCCAAUUCUCCCUCCACCCAUCUCUCUCCAAUUUUCCCUCUUCCCCCUUCUCUCCCAUUCUCCCUCCACUCCCCCCUGGAGCUGAAGGACAACAGGCUGAGUGGCACCAUUCCCUCCUGCAUCUGCAACCUCACCGCACUCACCUUCCUGUGCGGCCCAUUCUCCCUCCACACCCUCCCUCUCCACUUCUUCUUUCUACCUGCCUCUCUCUGCUGAGCAUUGAAAGGGUGCCCCUCUCUGCCUUCUUCUCCUCUUUCCCUCUUCUCCUCCUCCUAUCCUUCUCCUCUUCCCUUCUCCUCCUCUUUUCCUUUGACCCCCUACUUAUUUUCCCCUCCCCUCUUCUCCUUUAUCCCUCUCCCCCUGUUCUCAUGUUUUCCUCCUCUUCUCUUCCCCUCUUCUGUUCUCCUCUUUUUCCCUUCGUCUCUCCGUCCCUCCAUCCAUCUCCAUUCACCCACCUGUCUGCCUUCAGGGAACUAAGCAACAACAGCCUUGCAGGGACGAUACCGGCUGCAAUCACCACGCUCACUCAACUUCAACACCUGUCAGUCACUCUUACCUCUCCAGCUGCCAUCACCACACUGAAAGGUCAUCUCUGA